CACACACACACACACACACACACACACACACACACACACACACACAGCAGCAGCAGCUCCUCCUGCUCUCGGGGCUGGUCGGACUCUGGCGCUCUCGGAUCAGAUUUUUAAAUAUAUUUUUGUGAUAUUUAUGUCAGACUGGACUGUGUGUGGUUGACCUUUGACCUUUCUGUGGUUCUGUUUCUAGGACCUGGAUCCUCCGAGAGACUCUAAUAAGACUCCAUAAAUAAUGUCCAGUAGGUCGAGUCAACAACAACAGAUCUGACGUUCUGGAGCUUCUGACGGAUCAAACCACAGCUGGAUUCCUCACAGACUCUACUGGACUCCAUCGGGUCUGUCCUUGUCCCUCUGUGUCCUCUGUGUCCCUCUGUGUCCCUCUGUGUCCCUCUGGACCUGCUGGUCUCAGUCUGUACUGACUCUGUGGUGUAGUCUCCAUCUAGUAGAGAACUGAGGAACUGUAGCUCAACACUUUUGGGUUCCUGCUGGUUCUGGACGGUCCGGUGUGUCCUCACGUGUCCCAUGUGACCGGUGUUGUCUAUCCAGUCCUGUGAGUCUGUCUGAAGAUGGGGGACAGCGUGCGGACGCUGUACGGCGCUCUGAUGGUGGUUUCUGGCGUGGCGUCGGUCUGUGGGAAUGCCCUCCUGCUGCUGGUGCUGCUCCUGAACCGGGAGCUUCGUUCGGACACACUGGGCUUUGCCGUGAGCGCUGGCCUCAGCGACCUGGCCCUCGGACUCUCUGCCGUCCCGAUCGGCGCCUACAACAGCCUGGCAUGGCCGUCGUGCUGCCACGGCGAGGGCGCCUUCUGUCAGGGCAGCGGCUUCCUGCUGCUCCUGCUGCAGACAGCGUCCGUGCACUCACUGGCCUGGACCGCCGUUGACAAGUUCACAGAGAUCUGCUUCGCUCUGAGCUACGGCAGCCUGUGGACAGCAGGGCGGGGCCGGGCCGUGCUGGUCCUGGUCUGGACGCUCUGCCUGCUGACCGCCGCCCUGCCGCUGCUGGGCGUCGGCAGCUACGCCUACAGCGAGUCACGCUUCCUGUGCUGCCCGAGCUUCACGCCGGAGAACCGCUACUUCGUGGCACUGUGGGUGUCGCUGGGCGUGGUGGCGCCGAUCCUCGCCGUGUGCUGUCUGUACGCCUACAUCGUGUAUGUGGCGAGGAAGCAGGCAAGGCGGGGAACGUUCAUGUGCAACGAGCUGCACUGCUACUAUGUCCCCGCCAACAACUACCUGAGGAGCUCCGUCGUCAUGGUGACCACAUCAGGGAGUCUGCUGGUGUGCUGGCUGCCCUACAUCUCCGUGUGUCUAUACGAGACAUUCAGCAGUAAGCAGAGUCCGGCGGUGGCCUCGGCGCUCUCUGUGUGGCUGGUCCUGACCAGCGGCGCCCUGAACCCGUGGAUCACCUGCCUGACCCAGAGCAGGUACCGGGCUGCGGUGCGCCGCAGCCUUCGCCGGUUCAUCCAGAUGUGUUCGUGCUCCGGGACACCGCUGGAGUCCCGCCCACAGAGCUCCGCCCUCCGCCUGGACUCAGCCAAUCGGAUCAGCACAACGACCACGACAACGGUAGCAACACGGCCACCAUCCUCACCGAAAACACCGACCCCCCCGUGAUCAGCCCCGCAGAGACACUCAGAGACACACAGACACUGGGAGACACUUGGCGACCCACGGAGACGCUCGGAGACACUCGGAGAUACUCAAAGACACUAAGCAGAGUGCACUGUGCACCUUGAUUUAAACGGUUUUUGGAACAUUUUAAAUCCAGUAAAAAGUUUUCAGACUUUGUUUGCAGACUGAAGUCUUGAUGUUUCUGUGAUGAAACAUCUCAACAUGAAUCUGUAGGAUUUCUGUCCUCUGGCGCCAUCAUCUGGUCAAACCUUUCAGAUCCUGUCAGACUGAAGAUUGAACUCCAUCAGAGAGGAAACUGUUCUGGUUGUGUACGAGAGGCUGAGAGUUGAAUGUGACGAGAGUUUUACUGUCUGGUUGAAUAAUAAUAAUAAUAAUAAUAAUAAUAAUAAAUCAAACUUCUGUGUUCUUAUUUCUCUUGUUAUGCGGUGUUUUCAGGUUUCUCCCCUCCAUCAGUGAACUUUAGAUCCACAAAUAAUAAAUAAUGAAAAACCUGACUGAAGCUGUGAUUGGUUGUUUUUCUACAAUGGGAAAAUCAACUCAAGUUGAUUCUUGAAAACUCAAAUCAAGUGUGAGCUAGUGCUUUUAUUUUGUUGACCCGAGCUAGUGCUUUUAUUUUGUUGACCCGAGCUAGUGCUUUUAUUUUGUUGGCCUGAGCUGGUGCUUUUAUUUUGCUGACCUGAGCUAGUGCUUUUACUUUGUUGGCCUAAGCUUGUGUUUUUAAUUUGUUGACCCAAGCUAGUGCUUUUAUUUUGUUGACUCAAGCUAGUGCUUUUACUUUGUUGGCCUGAGCUGGUGCUUCUAUUUUGUCAAGCUGAGCUAGUGCUUUUAUUUUGUUAGCGUGUGCUGCUGCUUUUAUUUUGGAGACCCAAGCUGGUGCUUUUAUUUUGUUGGCGUGUGCUGGUGCUUUUAUUUUGGAGGCCCAAGCUAGUGCUUUUAUUUUGUUGGCAUGUGCUGGUGCUUUUGUUUUGUUGACCCGAUCUGGUGCUUUUAUUUAGUUGGUCUGAGCUGGUGCUUUUUUUUUUUGUUAACCCGAGAUGGCGCUUUUAUUUUAUUGGCCUGAG